AUGGGGACACUCGUGGCCAAACUGCUCCUGCCCACCCUCAGCAGCCUGGCCUUUCUCCCCACCGUCAGCAUUGCUGCCAAGAGGCGCUUCCACAUGGAGGCCAUGGUCUACCUCUUCACCAUGUUCUUCGUGGCGCUCUCCCAUGCCUGCGACGGGCCCGGCCUGGCGGUGCUCUGCUUCCUGCGCCGCGACAUCCUGGAGUACUUCAGCGUCUACGGGACGGCGCUCAGCAUGUGGGUCUCUCUGAUGGCGCUGGCCGACUUCGACGAACCCAGGAGGUCCACGUUGGUGAUGUUCGGCGUGCUGACCAUCGCCGUCCGCAUCUACCAUGACCGCCAGGGCUACGGGGUAUACUCGGGCCCCGUGGGCACAGCCGUCCUCAUCAUCACAGCCAAGUGGCUGCGGCAGAUGAAGGAGAAGAGAGGCCUGUACCCCGACAAGAGCGUCUACACCCAGCAGAUCGGCCCUGGCCUCUGCUUCGGGGCCCUGGCUCUGAUGCUGCGCUUCUUCUUCGAGGGCUGGGAUUACACCUACGUCCACAGCUUCUACCACUGCGCCCUGGCCAUGUGCUUCGUCCUGCUGCUGCCCAAGGUCAACAAGAAGGCCGGGAGCGCGGGGCCGCCGGCCAAGCUGGACUGCCCCACGCUGUGCUGCGCCUGCGUCUGA